AUGGGGAAAUCAGCCAAAAUAGUAAUGUUGCUGGGGAUAUUUUCCUUGAGAAUCUGCUUUGCUGCAUCUGCAUUUAUUAACAUGUCUACUGUGGAUGAGUUAUCUCUCCUGUCCAUGAAAGCUAACAUAAAUUCCGACAUCCUGGCUAGGAACUGGUCCAAGGAAACCUCGUUAUGCACUUGGACCGGCGUCAUUUGUGGCAAGAAGCAUCCACGGAGAGUGACAGCUAUCAAUCUUGCAAAUAUGGGUUUGGAGGGAACCAUCGCAAAGGAAAUCGGCAACCUCUCAUCUCUGAGAUUCGUAGACAUCAGCAACAACAGUAUCAAUGGCCAAAUCCCAAGUGAAAUUGGAUUGUUGGGGAAGCUGCAGGGUUUGAACCUUUCACAUAACUACUUGUUGGAGAUAUUCCGACAAGUUUAUUGGCGAUCUCACUGGAACUAUUCCAGCUGGGUUUGGCAACUGGUCACAACUUCAGGAGCUCUCUUUGAGUAG